GCAGCGGCGGCGGCGGCGGCGGCCGCGGCGUCUUCAGCGGCGCCCAGUGCAGGAUGGUGCUGGAGGCGGCGGCGGCGGCCGUGGUGGCGGCGGCGUUGUUGGCGGCAGCGGGAGGGGGUGCUGUGGCGGCAUCGGCGGCGGCGCCCGCGGGUGGUGUAAAAUGGCGGAUUUCGAGGAGUUGAGGAAUAUGGUUUCUAGCUUUAGGGUUUCUGAGCUGCAAGUGUUACUAGGCUUUGCUGGACGGAAUAAAAGUGGACGCAAGCAUGACCUCCUGAUGAGGGCGUUGCAUUUACUGAAGAGCGGCUGCAGCCCUGCGGUUCAGAUCAAAAUCCGAGAAUUGUACAGACGCCGGUACCCACGGACUCUGGAAGGACUCUCUGAUUUAUCCACCAUCAAAUCUUCGGUUUUCAAUUUGGAUGGUAGCUCAUCACCUGUAGAACCUGACUUGGCCGUGGCUGGAAUCCACGCGCUGCCUUCCACCUCGGUUACACCGCACUCACCGUCCUCUCCUGUGGGUUCUGUGCUGCUUCAAGAUACGAAGCCCACGUUUGAGAUGCAGCAGCCAUCUCCCCCAAUCCCUCCUGUCCAUCCUGAUGUGCAGUUAAAAAACUUGCCCUUUUAUGAUGUCCUUGAUGUUCUCAUCAAGCCCACGAGUUUAGUUCAAAGCAGUAUUCAGCGAUUUCAAGAGAAGUUUUUUAUUUUUGCUCUGACACCUCAGCAAGUUAGAGAGAUAUGCAUAUCCAGGGAUUUUUUGCCAGGUGGUAGGAGAGAUUAUACAGUCCAGGUUCAGCUGAGACUUUGCCUGGCAGAGACAAGUUGCCCUCAAGAAGACAACUAUCCCAAUAGUCUAUGUAUAAAAGUAAAUGGGAAGCUCUUUCCUUUGCCUGGUUAUGCACCACCACCUAAAAAUGGGAUUGAACAGAAGCGCCCUGGACGCCCUUUGAAUAUUACAUCUUUAGUUCGGUUAUCCUCAGCUGUGCCAAACCAAAUUUCCAUUUCUUGGGCGUCAGAAAUCGGAAAGAAUUACUCCAUGUCUGUAUAUCUUGUACGACAGCUCACAUCAGCCAUGUUAUUACAGAGAUUAAAAAUGAAAGGUAUUAGAAACCCUGAUCAUUCCAGAGCACUAAUUAAAGAAAAACUUACUGCAGAUCCUGAUAGUGAAAUUGCUACAACUAGCCUUCGGGUAUCCUUGAUGUGCCCUUUAGGGAAAAUGAGGUUGACAAUCCCGUGCCGUGCAGUGACUUGUACACAUCUGCAGUGUUUUGACGCUGCCCUUUAUCUGCAAAUGAAUGAGAAGAAGCCCACCUGGAUCUGUCCCGUGUGUGAUAAAAAAGCUGCCUAUGAAAGUCUCAUUUUAGAUGGGCUUUUUAUGGAAAUUCUCAAUGACUGUUCUGAUGUGGAUGAGAUCAAAUUCCAAGAGGAUGGCACUUGGUGUCCAAUGAGACCGAAGAAAGAAGCUAUGAAAGUGUCCAGCCAGCCAUGUACAAAAAUAGAAAGUUCAAGUGUCCUCACUAAGCCAUGUUCAGUGACUGUAGCCAAUGAGACAAGCAAGAAGAAAGUGGAUGUUAUUGACCUAACAAUAGAAAGCUCUUCUGAUGAAGAGGAAGACCCGCCUGCCAAAAGGAAAUGCAUCUUUAUGUCAGAAACACAAAGCAGCCCAACCAAAGGGGUUCUCAUGUAUCAGCCAUCUUCUGUAAGGGUGCCCAGUGUGACUUCGGUUGAUCCUGCUGCUAUUCCGCCUUCAUUAACAGACUACUCAGUACCAUUCCACCACACGCCAAUAUCAAGCAUGUCAUCAGAUUUGCCAGGAGAACAGAGAAGACAUGAUAUUAAUAACGAACUGCAGCUUGGAACACCUGCUGAUGCUGUGCAGCAAUGAAUACAAAAUAACACAAAUAAUUUCUAUUUAUGGAAUGGAAAACAGCUUGAUUAUUUCAAGGAAAAUAUGACUGCCUUAUUAUUGCUAGUGCCAUAUUGUCAGGUGCGAAUGGUGCUCGAAAGUUGUAUCACUACAAUUGGAAAGUGCCGAACAUUUACAUAUUUCAUUAUGUAGCUGUCAUGUUUUGUUAAAGUUCAUGACUCAAGUGAGGAAAAUGUGGUGUUAUUAAUAAGACAUGCAGAGUCAGUUCCACAUAAAGAAGCACUUAAAAAAACUACACUUUUUUCAGUGUUAAUAAAAUAAAACAUUUAGAAUGUACCAUCAGAAUUUUAACACUGCCUGCUUUUUAGUUAAAAAUAAUUGAGCAUUUUCAGGCAUGAAAUACUUGGGUGGGCAUAAAAAUAUAUCAGUAUAACAUGCUGUAAUUGAAAUUACGCUGAAAUAAGAAAACAGCAUUUUACUAAACUACGAAACAAGGCAGUAACAUUUUAAUCCGUAUUCAUGAAACUCCGUCUGUUUCAUAUAGGAGUUUUAAUAGUAUACUGAAAAUGUUGAAGAUGCAAGACUUUGAGAAUAGUUUUGAGUUUUUCGUCAGAAGGAGUAACAUCUGAAAUACUGUAUCAAACUUCACUGUUAGUGUUUGAGAAAAAAUGGGUUCAGUGAGAUAUAUUUACAUUAAAACAUUGGAUUUUGUGUGGAGAGCAUCUGUGUCACGGGACACAGUCAGGAGUUUCAACUGAUCUUAGAAACGUUUCUAGUUGUUUUGUUAUGGCAUACUAGAAGUCACCAUAUUCAGUUAUCCUUGGAUAAGGUGUCAAAAGAUAAAGAGGAAGUAAAUGUCUUAAAUCGUUUAUCAGAAUCUAUCCACUGCCGCACAUAAAAUGAUCAUCAAAGAGAAUGACAGUACCUCCGAAGAGCUGGUCAUUGAAAUAAUGAAAAUCUGAGGACUCUUUGCCCCUUUGCGGGCAGCCUCCAGUGCUGGCACUGCACAGACAGUCUGAAAAUUAUAUCAAGCCUGUGUCUUUUAUUUAAAUUGCAGUUUUGAAGUGGAAGUAGUUACACAUUUAGAAAAUGAGCAUUUUUGAGCUGAUUGGGCUUUAGUACACAACAUUGCAAAAGAGAGUAAGAUUCUUCUUCAGCUUUAUAAAAAAAGGUUUAAGUUAUUCAAAUGGACUGAGUGAUUCAACAAACAUUAAAAGUGAUUGAAUAUAUAAAAUUAAUUAGGCUAUAAAAAGCA